ACAGAGUUCCAAGGUAAACCUCCAGAUUUCGGUCACUUUUAAGACUAAAUUCCGAUGGAAUAAGCCCGAAAUAAAAUCGGUUGCCCGACAGUUUGGCACAGCUUUUGACGAGUAAAAAUGAUGCAAUCAAUGUUUAUCGGACAUUUACUAAAUUUCUUCGGCUUAUACCUGACUCUAUUGCUACAUAGUCUGCCCAAUUACGUAACAUCGAUAUCAAUUCGCAAUGCUUAGCUCUUUCUGUGCUCCAGAUUGCAAGAAACCCACCAAUUGGUUCUGGAGAAUCCGGGGAGGUCGAAAACCAGAGGUGGGCAGGGCAGGAAGGCAAGAAAAAUUAGGUAAGUUGCAUUUUCGCAAAAAGUUUUUGAUGAAAUUCAAUCAAAUUAUAAUGGAAAAACGCAGGAGGAAUCCCCGUCGCAGGCUGUAUAGAUUUAUGAAGUCUUGUUGCCUGUCCAAGUUCCAAUCCCCACAGCAUUACCAUAGGCAUACAAAACAAGAGAACCCAGAGCAAGACCUAGAAAACACCAUGGAAGAAGAGGAAGAAUCAAACAUUUUAUGUUUACCACAUGAUCUGUUGAUGGAAUGCCUUGCACGGUUGCCCCGUUCAUCAAUCCAAUCCUCAAUGCUAGUUUCACUUGGUUUUUACAACGCACUCAAAUCUCCUUCUUAUUAUGAGCUUCGUAGGAGCACAGGUAAAUUAGAAAGCCUGCUAUUUGUAUUUGGGGGUGCAGGAACAGGGCUCUCAUCUGCCGUUUACUGCAAAAGCAAUGGUGGGUGGAAGGCUGGUUUGCUUUUCUCUGGGGACUCAAUUAGAGGGAAUGAAUGGGUUUUGGAUUACCACAGUGCUGAUAACUCACUGUUAUAUGCACAGCCUGCCAUUGUGAAGCAGCAGAUCUUCAUUUUGGCAGCAGUUCCCUGCCCAGCUUCAGGCAAUGAGGUUUAUACCAUUGUGUAUGAUGCCUGGACAAAGUCCUUGAUCAGAAGGGCACCUAUGCUUUGCCCAAGGAAGAAGUUUGCUUGUUGUGUGAUUGCCAAUAGGAUCUUUGUUGCAGGUGGUGCCCUUAGAAAUGAUUCUAAUAGGGAGGCACUUGUUGAUGCAGAGCAAUACAUUCCUGAGCUUGAUGAAUGGAAACCCAUAGCAAAUAUGCCUAGGAAGAGGUAUGGGUGUUUGGGUGCUGCUGUGAAUGGGAUUUUCUAUGUUAUUGGUGGACUCAAGUUUGGUCAUAUGAAUGGACUAUGUGUGCAACCUUAUGCUUAUGUGGGUUCUAUGGAUUCAUUUGAUCCAAAGACAAAUACUUGGUUAAAAACCAAGGCAUUGCCAAUGGGUGGUUGUGUAAUUGCUUGUACAGUGAUUGGAUCUUGUAUUUAUAUGUUGUCAAGCCAUGCAGUUGAGUUGUCUUUUUGGAAAUAUGCUACAGACAAUGAUACUUGGACUAGGAUUAAGCCACCUCCUAUUCCAUCUCCUUUGAGGAUGGACAGUUUGCUGAAGUUCAGCUGUGUAUCAAUUGGGGCCCUAGUGUAUAUUAUCCAAGUAGGGGGGACCAUUGAUGAUCUGUUGAGGAGAAGUGGCAGGAGCACAAGAGGACUGAAAGAAGGCCUAGUUCUUAUUUUUGAUACUAAAUUGCAGGAAUGGCAGCGAGGGCCUGACUUGCCUUAUAUAAAAAAUGGAGCAGCUUGUGCAGUUGUGGAAUGCUAAAAAUCAAAACCUGAUUUGUUCUGACUAUUUAUGGUUGCACAUUACUGCCAACUUUGUUCAUAUAUAUGAGGUUAUUGAAGGAUAUAUCAGGUUAUAUAGUUUGAUUUAUCUUAUUUAAACAAUAUAUUUGCUAAAAACAAGAAAACUGGAAUUCUGAAUAAGCUAUGGCGUCCUAGGGUGUGGCAGAUAUGUGCUUAAUGGCAUCAUAGGGUCUGACAGAUAUGUGCUUAAUGGCAUCAUAAGGUGUGGCAGAUAUGUGCUUAAUAGCAUCACAGGGUCUGACAGAUAUGUGCUAAAAGAAUGGCAAACAUGGGUCUUGGAUAUGUGAUCCUAUAAUGUCCAGCAACGUAUUAUUAUAUUUCUGACAGUCAAUCUAUUUACAACUUAUUUGAAUUAGCCAAUUUGAGCUUUAUUACAAGCUACACAGGAUGCAGCAAUCCACAUGCAUUUUUGCCUGGCGAAAUCAGAGAGGCAGGCCUGGGAAAAUUAGAGCACGUUAAUGAAUUAUCCUAGACUAUGACUUGCUUCCUACUGGUGCAUUAUAUUGUAUGACUUGUAAAGGUUUCAAGGUGCUUGCUCAUUUAUACAAUCUCUGUGUAUUGUCUUAUCACAUAUUGAUCUGGUUUAACUGAUCUACAUUCAGGAAAAAGAUGGGUUUUUCCCAAAUCAUUGUCUGCCUUGAGAUAUCAGUGGAGAAAUCAUUUCAAGCUCUAGGUUGAAUUGAGCGGUAUUGUGUGCAUAUAUGCUCUCUGAGUAAAUAUCUGUUUCAGCUUUAAAUGUAAAAGAAAGUUUCGCUAGCUUUAUCUCCAUGAUGACAUGGAAUUGAGGUGCAUUUCUUCUUGCAUUUGUUAGAUAAAUAAAUGGCAUCUCGUUUAUGGAAAAACA